AUGUCUUUAGCUAUCGUUAGUCUCUUGAUGACAGGUGAAGAUAACGCAGCCUUGGUGAGAUGCAGCGGAUCUGCCGUCGGCUACUUUGUGCUUAAUGCGAUACACACUACACCCAUCUACAUCAUUUUUGCACCUUUUCUUGCUCUUUUACGUCUCGUCUCAGUGAGUCGAGAUUUAAGGAAACACCAUGUCAAGACCCUGACAGAGUGUGGUUACAACUCUACCACUACGGCAGAACUUGAAACAGCUCGCCAUGUUUGGCAGAAAAUUUGA